AUGUGUUCCAAGCUAUUAGCUAUGUGCUACAAAUAUGAACAAUUAAGUCAAGGUUAUGCAUCAAGGCAAUAUACUAAUGAAGAUGAAGAUCCGCAAACUUCUUCUACUCCUCCAGACCAGCGAAAGUCAUCAGUGCAUUCAUGUCUUGCAGCAAAACCAACAGAUACGCAUGUUUUUCUGUCAACCGCUAUAGUACAAGUGACUGAUAGUCGUGGUUUUAUGCGUGACACUAGAGCGGUAUUAGACAGUGGGUCUAUGGUGAAUUUUAUUUCGAGAAGUCUGUUAAAUGUCCUGCAGUUCAAUACUCAAAAGACAAGUUUGCCAAUUCGGGGAGUGGGAGCUAGUCAAGUUCAGUCUGUAGCCAAGGUAGAAGUACAUGUGUAUUCCAAGGUCACAAAUUACAGAAUAAUGCUGCCAUGCUUUGUGUUACUAACUGUUGUGAGUGAACUCCCAGCAUGUAAUACACCAACAAGCAAUUGGAACAUUCCCUUUGAUCUAAGAGGUAAACUGGCAGAUCCCAAGUUCGACAAAGUUGGAUCAGUCGAUCUCUUAAUUGGAGCUGGGAUAUUUUAUGAGUUACUGGAAGCAGAGCGCGUGUCUUUGGGAAUCGGAAACCUCAGCUUACAAGACACGAAACUUGGUUGGGUAGUCACAGGUGGACUCGAAGUUACUUGUCUACUAGGCAUUAAUUCCCUCGGAGAAACAAUGGAAAGUGACUGGAAAGCAAUACUUGCAGAUGAACAACAAUAUGGAAAAGGAUCAAAGGCAAAUCAAAGAUGUGAAGAAGAAGAGGAAACUCUCCAGCAUUUCAAGAAGUCGGUUAGGCGAAGUGAAGAUGGUCGCUUUGUUCUGCGUUUACCGACCAAGCCAGAGACGCAAAACUUAGGUGACAGUUUAGCGAUGGCAACCUCAAGGUUCAUUAAUAUUGAAAGAAGACUUCAAAGAGAUGAACAGUUACGAGUCGAGUAUGUAAAAUUCAUGAAAGAGUACUUUGAUAUGGGACAUAUGCGAGAAGUGACGAGCGAAGAAGAAUUGUUUAUAAAGGGAUACUAUUUACCACAUCAUCCGGUGCUAAAGGCUUCGAGUCUUACAACUAAGACACGAGUAGUUUUCGAUGGUUCAGCAAGAACUACAUCCGGAUUAGCACUAAAUGAUGUACUCAUGCGUGGGCCUACUGUCCAAGAAGAUAUUUUCUCAAUUCUAGUUAGGUUUCGGAAACAUCAGUACGUAAUCACGGCUGAUAUUGAAAAAAUGUUUCGGCAGAUAAUGAUAGCGCCAGAGGAUUGUCACUUACAAAGAAUACAUUGGCGUGCAAAUCCAAGUGAAAAGCUCCGAACCUACAAUCUGUUGACAAUUACAUAUGGUACGACACCCGCCUCCUUUAUGGCCACGCAAUGCUUAGUUACACUCGCUGAAGAAAUAGAAAAGGAGAAUCCAAAAGUGGCAGAAGUAAUAAGCAGAGACUUCUACAUGGAUGAUCUUAUGACAGGUUGUGAUACGGUAGAAGAAUGUAUGCAGUUACAAAAGCAUAUAACCGUCAUUUUGGAAUCCGCAAAGCUACCGUUGAGAAAGUGGUGUUCGAAUUCACAUUUGAUCAUUGCCAACAUAAGUGAGAACGAUAAGGAUCCUCUUUUCGUUUUAAAUCUAGGUGACGAGGAUACUGUUAAGUCAUUAGGUCUAUGCUGGCAACCAGCACUUGAUCAGUUCAAGUUUAAUAUUGCUAUUCCUUUAGAUAGAGUAACGCUGACUAAGAGAAAGUUGUUAUCUGAACUAAAUAGGGUGUUUGAUCCAUUAGGAUUCUUGGGUCCAGUGCUCAUCAAAGGAAAGAUUUUUCUUCAACAUCUCUGGCAGCAGAAAAUUGAUUGGGAUGCACCACUACAAGCAGAUAUCCAAGAAAGGUGGAGAAUGUACUACUCUGGACUGGAGUUACUUAAGGAGCUUUGUAUUCAUCGUAAGUGCAAGUUCCAAUCUGGUGACCAGUUUGAAGUGCAUGGUUUUUGUGAUGCGUCAAUAGAAGCCUACGGAGCUUGCAUAUACAUACGGAGUUUAGAUCAUCAAGGCACAUGGCAAUCACGGUUGCUUUGUUCAAAAACCAGAGUAGCGCCACUCAAGUCAACAACAAUUCCAAGACUAGAGCUAAGCGGAGCACUUCUCUUAGCUCAGUUAGCAGCUAAGGUAGCAGAUUCUUGGAGCAUAAAGUGUGAAACUAUUCAUUUGUGGACGGAUUCAAUGAUAGUUUUGGGCUGGCUCAACAGCCAUUCAUCACGAUUAAAGACGUUCGUAGCUAACCGUGUUAGUCAAACUCUAGAACUAACAAGAGCUAAACAGUGGCAUUAUGUGCCAACAAAUGAAAAUCCAGCAGACGUCCUUUCUAGAGGAACAACAGUGCAAGAGUUGCAAGAGGCAAAUAGUUGGUGGUUUGGGCCACAUUGGCUAUCAAAAGAUACAUUAUCGUGGAGCAAAGAAGAUGAUCUUGAACAGAUAUCAGAAGAAGCACUGCCAGAGCUUAGAACUGUGCAAUUGAGUCUGGUUGUAGUACAGCAUAGACAUUUAUUGCUAGAUAAGCAUUCAGAAUGGGAAAAGUUAACUCGCGCAACAGCUUGGAUUUUGAAAUUUAUUGAGUUUUUAAGACUUAAGAAAUGUAUGACAAAGAGUGUUAAGUAUCUAACAGCAUUAGAUCUCAAAAAAGCAGAACGAUGGUUGAUAAGAUGUGCUCAGAAGGAUGAAUUUGUAGCAGAAUUUAAAGCGCUAAGUAUUGGCAAGGAGCUGCCAAAAAACAGUAAGAUACGAGGACUAUCCCCAUUUAUCAGUACAGACAAUCUAAUUGUGGUUGGAGGAAGACUACAUCAUUCAGCACUUUCAAAUGAACAAAAACACCCUAUAGUUUUACCAUUUGGUCAUAAGGUCACGCGGCUAAUUUUUAUAUACUAUCAUGAAGUACUGUUACAUGGAGGCCCCCAGUUGUUGUUAUCAGAAGUAAGACUUCGGUUUUGGCCUCUAAAGGGUAGAAUAUUAGCUCGUUCUACAACAUCACGUUGCGUUACCUGUAUUCGAGCCAAGCCUAAAUUUGAAAACCCGAUCAUGGCUACCUUACCAAGCACCAGAGUACGGCCUGCCAGACCAUUUGCGACAACAGGAGUUGAUUUUGCGGGGCCCUUAGAUGUUCGAAGUGGUAUACGUCGUGCCACAAGCAUAAAAACAUGGAUCGCAGUUUUUGUGUGUCUAGCUACUAGAGCUAUACAUUUGGAGCCAGUGGUUGGGCUUACGAGUAAUGCCUUUUUUGCCGCGCUGCGACGAUUUAUGGCACGCAGAGGUAAAUGUUCAAAAAUGUAUAGUGACAACGCUACAAAUUUCGUGGGUGUUCAACGAGAAUUAGCAACCUAUCUGCAAGGUGUAGAUGCAAGUGUAGCCAAGGAAGGAAUAGAUUGGCAUUUCAACCCCCCAGGAGCUCCACAUUUCGGUGGAAUAUGGGAAAGUGCCGUGAAAAGCACAAAGCACCAUCUGACUAGAGUAGUUAAGGAUGCUAAGCUCACGUUAGAAGAGCUAGGGACUUUACUUUGUCAAAUUGAGGCAUGUUUGAACUCUCGUCCAUUGACCCCGUUAAGUUCUCAUCCACUAGACCUAGAGCCCAUCACACCAGCACAUUUUUUAAUUGGGGGACCAUUGCUCCUGGUCCCAGAAGCUGAUCUAUCAAAUGAAAAUAUCAGCACAUUCGAAAAUGGAGAUAUGUGCAGGCCUUGA